UCUUCUUCUCAACAAUGGAAAUAUGAUGUUUUUCUUAGCUUUAGGGGUGAAGAUACCCGUAAGAAUUUUAUCAGUCAUUUGUGUAAAGAGUUUCGUCAAAAAGGAAUCAUAAUAUUCAAGGAUGAUCGAGAACUUGAGAAAGGGAAAACUAUUUCUCAAGAACUCCUCAAAGCAAUUGAAAGCUCCAAAAUUUCUCUUGUCAUCUUUUCAAAAAAUUACGCUUCUUCAACAUGGUGUUUGGAUGAACUCGUAAAAAUUUUAGAAUGCAAGAACUCUGGCAACCAAAUAGUUUUGCCCAUUUUCUAUGAUGUGAAUCCAUCAGAAGUUCGAAAACAGAAUGGGAGUUUUGAAAAUGACUCUGAACAUUAUCAGCAGAACGACGAGAGGGUGCAACGGUGGAGACUUGCUAUGACUCAAGUGGCCAAUCUUUCUGGAUGGAAUUUACAAGACAGGGAGGAGUCAGAGUUUAUUCAGGAUAUCACUAAAGAUGUACUUAACAAAUUGAGAAGAUUUAGUCAUAGCAUAGCCAAGGAUUUUGUUGGAAUGGAUUCACGAUUAGAGAAAAUGAGAUUGUGUAUCAAUAUAAAUGAGCUAAAUAAUGUCAAAACGGUAGGUAUUUGUGGGAUGGGUGGCAUUGGAAAAACAACUAUUGCCAGUGUCACCUACAAGGAAAUGCAAUGCCAAUUUGAGGGUAGUGCUUUUCUUGCGGAUGUUAGAGAAACUUCAAGAAAAUAUGGUUUGUUCACUUUACAAAGACGACUUUUAUGUGCAACAUUGAUGGAAAGAGACAUAGAUGUGUACGAUGAAUACAAUGGAGUUUAUCACAUAAAAAAUAGGCUAUCUCGAAAGAAGGUUUUGGUCAUUCUUGAUGAUGUUGAUGAGUUAGAGCAAUUAGAAUUAUUAGUUGGAAAAAAAGAUGAAAACUGGUUUGGAGUUGGAAGUAGAAUCAUAAUAACGACUAGGGAUGAACAUUUGUUGAUCCAACAUCAAGUAGAUCAAAUAUAUAGGGUUGAGGAGUUAAAUCAUCGUGAAGCCCUUCAACUCUUUUGCUUGAAAGCCUUUAAGAAAGAUUGUCCACCACAAGAUUACAUGGAGCUAUCCAACGAAGCUGUAAACUAUGCAGGUGGCCUCCCAUUAGCGCUUAAUGUUUUGGGUUCCUCCUUGUAUGCUAGAUCUGUGAAAGAAUGGAACAGUGCAUUGAAGAGGUUGAAAGAAAUUCCCAAUGAAAAAAUUCUAAGUAAGCUUGAAAUAAGUUUUGAUGGAUUGGAGGAAGUACAAAAAAAAAUAUUUCUAGACAUCGCAUGCUUUUUCAAAGGAAAAAUGAAACGUUAUGUGAUGAAAGUACUGGAAAGUGGUGGAUUAUACCCAGCUAUUGGUAUAAGGGAGCUCAUCGAUAAAUCUCUCAUAACUAUUUCAGACAACUGUGUGUGGAUGCAUGAUUUGCUGGAAGAAAUGGGUCAAGAAAUUGUUCAUCGAGAAUGUCGAGAAGAGCCUGGACGACGUAGUAGACUAUGGCUUUAUACGGAUGUCUGUCACAUCUUAAUGAAUGAUACGGGAACAAAUCUAAUUGAAGGUGUAGUCCUGGAUUAUAUGUUUGAUCAAGGAGAAAGAUACAUGAGUUCUAAAGCCUUCUUGAAGAUGAAAGCUCUCAGAUUGCUCAUAAUUUGCAAUUUAAACCUCUCCAAAGACAUUGAAUAUCUUUCCAAUGAAUUAAGGUACUUGGAAUGGCGUGGGUAUCCUUUCAAAUCUUUGCCACAAACUUUUCAACUAGAUCAACUUGCUGAGCUCCAUUUGUCUUAUAGCAGAAUUGAACAAUUAUGGAAGGGAGUAAGACCUUUAAAGUUGUUGAAGAUAAUUGAUCUUAGUUACUCCAAAAAAUUAAUCAAGACACCCGACUUUAGAGAGAUCCCAUACCUUGAAGAGUUGAUUCUUGAAUGUUGUACAGGAUUACUUGAAGUACACCAUUCUAUUGGACUUCUAGAAAGGCUUGUUUUACUGAACAUGAAGAAUUGCAAAAGCCUUACAGCUCUUCCAAGUAGCCUGUGUAAUUUGAAGUCUCUUAAAGUUUUCAUAUUGACUGGCUGCUCAAAUCUUGAAGAAUUGAAAGAUAAUAUAGGGGAUAUGACAUCUUUGGAUGUGUUUGAAAUAGCAGGAAUCGGUUCAACAUCAUUGCCAUUAGCUCAGCCAUGGGAUUGUCUUUGCCCAUGGUGGCUAAUGCCUAAGAAGCCUACACCUGCCAUGUCCUUUGAGUUGCCUUCUUUAAGAGGUUUUUGCAUUCUUAGGAGACUUAAUCUAAGUCAUUGCGGUCUCACCGAUGCAACGAUUCCUUUUGAUCUAAGUUGUUUCCCAUUUUUACAAUAACUA